GUGGUGUUGCGAAUAGAGAAAGAGAGAGAAGGAAGGUUUUUGUGCAAAGGACUAAAAGAAAAAGAGAGAGCUAGAGAACAUUCUGGAGGAUAUUCUGGCUUCUCUCUCAGAGCUGCAGAUUGAACUGGGACAAGAGAAAACAGGAAGAUGGCAGAAGGAGGAGAGGGAGAGGAGGAGAUUCAGUUCCUCCGCACGGAUGACCAGGUGGUGCUGCAGUGCACUGCGUCUGUCCUGAAGGAACAGAUCAAACUGUGUCUGGCCUGUGAGGGCUUCGGAAACCGACUAUGUUACCUGGAGACCACAUCCAACGCUCAGAACUGUCCUCCAGAUCUGGCCAUCUGUGCCUUCAUCCUGGAACAGUCCCUGUCAGUCCGUGCACUGCAGGAGAUGCUGGCUAACACCGUGGACAUGAGUGAGUCGUCCCAAGGAGGAGGCCAUCGCACCCUGCUAUACGGCCAUGCUAUCCUGCUCAGACACUACCACUCUGGCAUGUAUCUGAGCUGCCUGACCACGUCUCGGUCGCUAACAGACAAGCUGUCCUUCGAUGUGGGCCUGCAGGAAGACUGCGUAGGCGAGGCGUGCUGGUGGACCAUCCACCCUGCGUCCAAACAGAGGUCAGAGGGAGAGAAGGUCAGGGUAGGAGAUGACCUCAUCCUGGUCAGUGUCUCCUCAGAGAGAUACCUGCAUCUGUCCUAUGCCAGUGGUGAUCUGAUGGUGGACGCUUCCUUCAUGCAGACUCUAUGGAACAUGAACCCUGUGUGUUCAGGCUGCGAGCUGGCUGAGGGUUUCCUGGCCGGUGGUCAAGUCCUCAGACUGUUCCACGGACACAUGGAUGAGUGUCUGGCCAUCUCCAUGCCUGACGACGGGGACGACAAACGCAGCACCGCCCACUAUGAAGGAGGAGCUGUGUGUAGCCAGGCCCGUUCGCUAUGGCGACUGGAGCCUCUGAGAAUCAGCUGGAGCGGCAGCCACAUGAAGUGGGGCCAGUCGUUCCGUGUACGCCACAUCACCACGGGCCGCUACCUCUGUCUGGACGAGGAGAAGGGCCUGAUGGUCCUCGACCCUGAGAGGGCCAAUACCAAACUGUCUGCUUUCAGCUUCCGCGUGUCAAAGGAGAAGGUGGAACAGGCCCGUAAGCGAGACGUGGAGGGAAUGGGCAUCCCAGAGAUCAAGUAUGGAGAGUCCAUGUGUUUUGUCCAGCACGUCUCCACCAGCCUGUGGCUCACCUAUGCCUCCUUGGACGCUAAGGCUGCUCGCCUGGGGACCAUGAAGAGGAAGGCCAUUCUGCACCAGGAGGGCCACAUGGACGAUGCCCUGUCUGUGGCCCGGUCCCAGACGGAGGAGUCUCAGGCUGCUAGGAUGAUCUUCAGCACCACGGGGCUCUUCAGGCAGUUCAUCAAGGGUCUGGACUCCCUGCAGGGGAAGAAUAAGUCUCCUGGCCCUGUGUCUCUACCCCUGGAUGGGGUAGUGCUCUCCCUGCAGGAUCUUAUCUUCUACUUCCGACCCCCCGAAGAAGAGCUGGAACACGAGGAGAAACAGACCAAGCUCCGCUCCCUCCGCAACCGACAGAACCUCUUCCAAGAGGAGGGUAUGAUCACCAUCGUGCUAGAGUGUAUCGACCGUCUGAAUGUUUACAACACUGCUGCUCACUUCUCUGAGUUUGCUGGAGAGGAGGCCGCUGAGUCCUGGAAGGAGAUCGUCAACCUGCUUUAUGAGCUGCUGGCCUCUCUGAUCAGGGGGAACCGCUCUAACUGUGCGCUGUUCUGUGAUAACCUGGACUGGCUGGUCAGCAAACUGGACCGGCUGGAGGCCUCUUCAGGUAUCUUGGAGGUGCUGCACUGUGUCCUGAUUGAGAGUCCAGAGGUCCUGAAUAUCAUUCAGGAGAACCACAUCAAAUCCAUCAUCUCUCUGCUGGACAAACAUGGCAGAAACCACAAGGUGUUGGACGUCCUCCGGUCCCUUUGUGUGUGUAACGGUGUCGCUGUAAGGUCCAAUCAGAACCUCAUCACAGAGAAUCUAUUUCCAGGUCGCGACCUCCUGCUGCAGACUAACAUCGUCAACUACGUAACCAGUGUGAGGCCCAACAUCUUCCUGGGAACCUGUGAAGGCUCUACUCAGUAUAAGAAGUGGUACUUUGAGAUGAUGGUAGACUACGUUGAGCCCUUCGUGACAGCCACACCCUCUCACCUGCGUGUGGGCUGGGCCCUGACAGAGGGGUACUCACCCUAUCCCGGGGGUGGAGAGGGCUGGGGGGGCAACGGGGUGGGGGAUGACCUCUACUCAUACGGCUUCGAUGGACUGCACCUGUGGUCAGGUCACGUCCCCCGCCAGGUGGCGUCGCCCAAUCAGCAUGCCCUGGCAGCUGAUGAUGUCGUGUCGUGCUGUCUGGAUCUGAGCGUGCCCAGUAUCUCGUUCCGUGUCAACGGCCACCCGGUCCAGGGCAUGUUCGAGAACUUCAACGUAGAUGGACUGUUCUUCCCCGUCAUCAGCUUCUCUGCUGGAGUCAAAGCUCGUUUACUGUUGGGUGGUCGCCAUGGAGACUUUAAGUUCCUGCCCCCCCCAGGCUAUGCCCCGUGCUACGAGGCUCUGCUACCCAAGGAAAGGAUGAGGAUCGAACCCAUCAAGGAGUACAAACACGACUUUGACGGAGUCCGAAACUUGCUGGGGCCAACCCAGUCCCUCACACACACCUCCUUUACCCCCAAUCCCGUAGACACUGUUCAGAUCGUGUUGCCGCCCCACCUGGAGAAGAUCAGGGAGAAGCUGGCAGAGAACAUCCAUGAGCUGUGGGCCAUCACCCGCAUCGAGCAGGGCUGGACUUAUGGAAUAUUCAGAGACGACAACAAGAAGCUGCAUCCCUGUCUGGUAGACUUCCAGACCCUUCCGGAACCUGAGAGGAACUACAACCUGCAGAUGUCUGGUGAAACACUCAAGACUCUGCUGGCCCUGGGCUGCCAUGUGGGCAUGGGAGAUGAGAAGGCUGAGGAGAACCUGAAGAUAAUCAAAAUGCCAAAGACCUAUAUAAUGAGCAAUGGAUAUAAACCCGCCCCCCUGGACCUGAGCCACGUCAAGCUGACGCCCAAUCAGAACCAGCUGGUGGAGAAGCUGGCAGAGAACGGCCACAAUGUGUGGGCGCGGGACCGCGUGCGCCAGGGAUGGACUUACAGCAUCGUGCAGGACAUCAUGAACAAGCGUAACCCACGUCUGGUUCCUUAUAACCUGCUGGAUGAGAGAACCAAGAAGACCAACCGAGACAGCGUUAACAACGCUGUGCGCACUCUCAUUGGCUAUGGAUACAACAUCGAGCCUCCAGACCAGGAGAGCACUGGCCUUGGCCUGGACGACGUGCGUGGGGAUAAGGUGCGCAUCUUCCGUGCUGAGAAGUCGUACGCGGUCACGUCUGGGAAGUGGUACUUUGAGUUUGAGGCAGUGACGACCGAAGAGAUGAGAGUGGGCUGGGCCCGACCCAACGUCAGGGCUGACAAUGAGCUGGGAGCAGACGAGCUGGCCUGGGUCUUCAACGGAAAAACGGCCCAGCGCUGGCACGUGGGUAAUGACCCGUUUGGUCGCCAGUGGCAGUCAGGUGACGUGGUGGGGUGUAUGAUCGACCUGACCGAACAGAACAUUAUGUUCACCCUGAACGGAGAGAUGCUCAUCAGCGACUCUGGCUCCGAGAUGGCUUUCAAGGACAUAGAGAUAGGAGAAGGCUUCAUCCCAGUAUGUACCCUGGGCCUGUCUCAGGUGGGCAGGAUCAACCUGGGUCAGAACGUCAGCAGCCUGCGUUACUUCGCCAUCUGUGGUCUCCAGGAGGGCUUCGAACCGUUCGCCAUCAACAUGAAGAGAGACAUUACCAUGUGGUUCAGCAAGAGCCUGCCACAGUUCGCCCCAGUGCCAACUAACCACCAACAUAUUGAGGUGUCACGCGUGGACGGGACAGUGGACAGUGCUCCCUGCCUGAAGCUGAGCCACAAGACAUUCGGCUCCCAGAACGCCAACACUGACAUGCUGUUCCUCCGCCUGAGCAUGCCCGUGGAGUUUGACGAAGUCUUCAAGAUCCCAGCCGGGACCACGCCCCUGACCCACAAGUUGACCAUCCACGAGGAUGAGGUUCUGGAGGUGGAGCCGGACUCAGAGUUUGAGGUUCUGAAGAAGUCGGCCAGUAAGAAGGAGCAGGAAGAGAAGGAAAAGGAACCAUCUGUCGCCAAGGAGACGCCCGAGAUAGAGAAGGACACGGUGUCAGAGAAGGGCAAGAAGAGAGGGUUAUUUGCUAGGGCUAAGAAGGCGGCUACGAUCAACCCUCCCCCGACCCCUCCCCUGGUGCCACGGUUACAGCAGGACGUGGUCCCAGAUGACAGAGAUGAUGUGGAGAUUAUCCAGAACACCACCACGUACUACUACUCAGUGAGGAUCUUCGCCGGCCAGGAGCCCAGUGGGGUGUGGAUUGGCUGGGUAACCCCCGACUACCACAUGUACGACCCCACCUUUGAUCUCUCCAAGGUCCGGAACGUCACCUUAACCGUGGGAGAUGACAAGGGCAACAUCCACGACAGUAUGAAGCAUAGUAACUGCUAUAUGGUCUGGGGUGGAGACUUCGGCAGCAGCUCCCAGCAGGCCAGGUUCAGCCAGGAGGACACUGUGGUUGGCUGCCUGGUUGACCUGGCAACAGGCCUCAUGACCUUCACAGCCAAUGGGAAGGAGAUAAACACCUUCUACCAGGUGGAGCCCAACACAAAGCUGUUUCCUGCUGUGUUCGUCCAGCCCUCCAGUCAGAACAUGGUACAGCUGGAGCUGGGGAAACUCAAGAACAUCAUGCCCAUCUCGGCAGCCAUGUUCCGUAGUGAGCGUAAGAACCCAGUGCCUCAGUGCCCACCCCGGCUGGACAUCCAGAUGUUGACCCCCGUCAUCUGGUCCCGCAUGCCCAACCACUUCCUGGACCCAGAGGUCGGCAGGGUCAGCGAGAGGCUGGGCUGGAUGGUGGAGUGUACCGAACCACUCACCAUGAUGGCCCUGCAUAUACCUGAGGAGAACAGGUGUAUAGACAUCCUGGAGUUGUCUGAGCGGCUGGACCUACUGAAGUUCCACUUCCACACUCUGAUGCUGUACUGCGCUGUCUGUGCCCUGGGCAACAACCGUGUAGCACACGCCCUCUGCUCACAUGUCGACGAAUCACAGCUCUUCUACGCAAUGGAGAACACCUACCUGCCCGGCCCCCUCCGCAGCGGGUUCUACGACCUGCUGAUCUCCAUCCACCUGGAGUCAGCCAAGCGGGCACGGCUGGGCACCAACCGGGAGUUCAUCGUGCCCAUGUCCCCCGAGACGCUGAGCAUCACCCUGUACCCUGAUGCUGAGAAGGCCUCCGACCUCCCGGGUGUCGGGUUAACUACCUGUCUCAGGCCCAAGCUGCACUUCUCAGCCAUCAACUUUGUUGGGACGGACCCCGACCUGUACACUCUCAGCCCUGUAUUCCCUCUGCAGGAACUGAAGACCAAAGCCAUCAGCAUGUUGACAGAGGCAGUGCUGGAUGGUAGCCAAGCUAUGAGGGACCCAGUAGGGGGCAGCGUAGAGUUCCACUUCGUCCCCAUCCUGAAGCUCAUCAGCACUCUCCUCAUCAUGGGCAUCUUCAACGACGAAGACGUUAAACACAUCCUCAAGAUGAUUGACCCAAAUGUGUUCGCUGGGAAGAAAGAGGAGGUGGUGGAGGAGGAGGAGGAGGGAGAGAAGGCAGAGGGAGAGGAUGCUACUGCCAAGGAAGAGGGGGAAGAAGUGAAGGAGAAGGAAGAGGGAGAGGAGGAAGAGGAGGAAGAGGAGGAGGCAGAUGAUGAAGGAGUAGGGGAGGAGGAAGAGGAGGAUGAGGAACUGAAAAACCUGGAGAAAGAAGAAGGGGAGACGGAGGAGGAGGGGGAGAAGGAACACAAGGAGGAGGAGAAGGAGAAAGAGGAGGAGGGGGAGGAAAAAGAGAUGACAGAAGAGGAGAAGAACAUAGCGGCGACAGAGUUGGAGUUAGAGAAGGAGGAGGCCGCUUUGGAGGAGGGACUACUGCAGAUGAAGCUGCCAGAGUCUGUCAAACUGCAGAUGUGUACGCUGCUGCAGUACUUCUGUGACUGUGAACUGAGGCACAGGGUGGAGGCUAUCGUGGCGUACUCAGAUCAGUUUGUCAACGCCAUUCAGACCAAUCAGAGGGUUCGCUAUAACCUGCUGAUGCAGGCCUUCUCCAUGAGCGCUGCCGAGACCGCACGCAAGACACGAGAGUUCCGCUCCCCACCUCAGGACCAGGUGAUCCUGCUGACCAACUUCAAGCAUGGUCCGGAGGAGGAGGAGUGUCCAGUACCGGAGGAGACCAGAGACACACUGACCGACUUCCACACUGACAUCCUUAUACAUUGUGGUGUGCACAUCGAGGCGGAGGAGGAGGAAGAGGAGGUGGACACCUCUCUGAGAGGGCGCCUGGGCCGGCUGGUGGGGAAGGUGAAGAACUUGAGGAAGAAGAAGGAGGUGGUGGAGGAGCCAAAGGAGGAGGAGGAGGUCAAACCCAGCACUCUCCAGGAGCUGAUCUCCCAUACCAUGAUCCACUGGGCCCAGGAGGCCUUCAUCCAGAACCCUGAGCUGGUGCGUCUGAUGUUCAGCCUGCUCCACAGGCAGUAUGAUGGGCUGGGGGAGCUGACCAGAGCCCUGCCUAAAGCCUACGCCAUCAACGCUGUGUCUGUCCAGGAUACAAUGGACCUGCUGGAGUGCCUGGGCCAGAUCAGAUCUCUGCUCAUCGUCCAGAUGGGCCCAGAGGAGGAGAGGCUCAUGAUCCAGAGCAUCGGGAACAUCAUGAACAACAAGGUGUUCUACCAGCACCCUAACCUGAUGAGGGCUCUGGGGAUGCAUGAGACUGUCAUGGAGGUGAUGGUCAACGUGCUGGGAGGAGGAGGAGAUUCCAAGGAGAUCCGCUUCCCCCAGAUGGUGACCAACUGCUGUCGGUUCCUGUGUUACUUCUGUCGAAUCAGCCGACAGAACCAGAGGUCCAUGUUUGAUCACCUCAGCUACCUGCUGCAGAACAGCGGCAUCGGCCUGGGUAUGCGUGGCUCCACCCCUCUAGAUGUGGCUGCAGCUUCCUGUAUCGACAACAACGAGCUGGCCUUGGCUCUACAGGAGCAGGACCUGGAGAAGGUGGUGACGUAUCUGGCGGGCUGUGGACUACAAAGCUGUCCGAUGCUCCUGUCUAAGGGUUACCCUGACAUCGGCUGGAAUCCCUGUGGAGGAGAGAAAUACCUGGACUUCCUCCGCUUUGCCGUCUUUGUCAACGGAGAGAGUGUGGAGGAGAAUGCCAACGUGGUGGUGCGUCUACUGAUUCGUCGGCCAGAGUGUUUUGGCCCCGCCCUGAGAGGAGAGGGGGGUGCUGGUCUGCUGGCGGCAAUAGAGGAGGCCAUCAAGAUCUCAGAGGACCCAGCCAGGGACGGACCUACCAUCAAGAAGGACAGGCGGUUCCCCAUGUUUGGUGGUGAGGAGCAGCAGGAGGAGAACCGUGUCCAUCUUGGAAACGCCAUCAUGUCCUUCUACUCUGCCCUCAUCGACCUGCUGGGACGAUGUGCUCCUGAGAUGCACUUGAUCCAGGCGGGCAAAGGUGAGGCUCUGAGGAUCCGGGCCAUCCUGAGGUCUCUGGUCCCUAUAGAAGACCUGGUGGGAGUCAUCAGUCUGUCUGUGCAGAUACCUGACUAUGGGAAAGAUGGUCACACCAUAGAGCCCAAGAUGUCUGCGAGCUUUGUCCCAGACCACAAGGCAUCCAUGGUUCUGUUUCUGGACCGUGUGUAUGGUAUCGACAACCAGGACUUCCUGCUUCAUGUUCUGGAGGUGGGCUUCCUGCCAGACAUGAGGGCUGCCGCCUCCCUGGACACGCUGGCAUUCAGCACCACAGAGAUGGCCCUGGCACUGAACCGCUACCUGUGUUCCGCUGUGCUGCCCCUCAUCACCAAGUGUGCCCCCCUGUUCGCGGGCACCGACCACCGCGCCAUCAUGAUUGACUCCAUGUUGCACACCAUCUAUAGGCUGUCCCGCGGUCGAGCCCUCACCAAGGCUCAGAGAGACGUUAUCGAGGAGUGCCUCAUGUCCCUCGUCAAGUACCUUCGACCUUCCAUGCUGCAGCAUCUGCUGAGGAAGCUGGUGUUUGACGUGCCAAUCCUCAACGAGUUUGCUAAGAUGCCUCUGAAGCUCCUGACCAAUCACUAUGAGCGUUGUUGGAAGUACUACUGCCUGCCUAACGGUUGGGCCAACUUUGGGGUGUCGUCAGAGGAGGAGCUGCAUCUGUCACGCAAACUCUUCUGGGGAAUCUUUGAGUCUCUGGCACACAAGAAAUUCGAUGCUGAGCUGUUUAAGAUCGCCAUGCCAUGUAUCUGUGCCAUCGCUGGUGCCAUCCCUCCGGACUAUGUGGACGCCAGCUACUCCUCCAACACAGAGAAGAAGGCUUCGGUGGACGCUGAGGGAAACUUUGACCCUAAACCCGUGGAGACCACCAACACCAUUAUCCCAGAGAAGCUGGAUGCCUUCAUCAACAAGUAUGCAGAACACACUCACGACAAGUGGGCCUUCGAGAAGAUCCAGAACAACUGGUCGUACGGAGAGGUGCUGGAUGAAAACGCCAAGACCCACCCCAUGCUGCGUCCGUACAAGACCUUCUCUGAGAAGGACAAGGAGAUCUACCGGUGGCCCAUCAAGGAGUCCGUCAAGGCCAUGCUGGCCUGGGAGUGGACGGUGGAGAAGGCUCAAGCAGGCGAGGGAGAGAAGGUGGAGAUGAAGACCACCACACGGAAGAUCUCCCAGACUGCUCAGGCGACCUAUGACCCCAGCCACGGCUACAGCCCUUCGCCUGUGGACAUCACUGCCAUGGCACUGUCCAGAGAGCUGCAGUCCAUGGCUGAGCAGCUGGCUGAAAACUACCACAACACCUGGGGCAGGAAGAAGAAGAUGGAGCUGAUGGGGAAAGGUGGCGGUGCCCAUCCCCUGCUGGUACCCUACGACACCUUGACGGCUAAGGAGAAGGCCAGAGACAGAGAGAAAGCCCAGGACCUGCUCAAGUUCCUGCAGCUCAAUGGAUACGCCGUCACUAGGGGCCUGAAGGAUAUGGAGCAGGACAUAUCCUCCAUAGAGAAGAGGUUUGCCUAUGGUUUCCUCCAGAAACUGCUGAAGUGGAUGGACAUUGCCCAGGAGUUCAUCGCCCAUCUGGAGGCUGUGGUUAGCAGUGGCAGAGUGGAGAAGUCUCCACACGAACAGGAGAUCAAGUUCUUUGCCAAAAUUCUCCUGCCGCUGGUCAACCAGUACUUUAAGAACCACUGCCUUUACUUCCUCUCCACGCCUGCCAAGUUGCUGGGCAGUGGAGGCCACUCCUCCAACAAGGAGAAGGAGAUGAUCGCCAGUAUCUUCUGUAAAUUGGCAGCUCUGGUGAGACACAGAGUAUCUCUCUUUGGAACGGAUGCUGGUGCCGUGGUUAAUUGUCUGCACAUCCUGUCACGAUCACUGGAUGCUAGGACGGUAAUGAAGUCAGGUCCUGAGAUCGUGAAGGCAGGACUGCGUCAGUUCUUUGAGAGCGCUGCAGAUGACAUAGAGAAGAUGGUAGAGAACCUGAAACUGGGCAAGGUUUCUAGCAGGAACCAGGUGAAGGGCGUGUCCCAGAACAUUAACUACACCACCAUCGCCCUGCUCCCUGUCCUUACCACCCUGUUCGAUCACAUCGCCCAGCACCAGUUUGGGGACGACGUCAUCUUGGACGACCUCCAGAUCUCGUGUUACAGGAUCAUGUGUUCGAUCUACUCUCUGGGCACCGUCAAGACGCCUCACGCUGAGAAGCAGAGGCCGGCUCUGGGGGAAUGUUUGGCAAAUCUAGCCGCUGCCAUGCCUGUAGCCUAUCUGGAGCCCGGCCUCAACGAGUACAACGCCUACUCUGUCUACACCACCAAGACGCCCAGAGAGAGAGGCAUCCUGGGCCUGCCCAACCAAGUAGAGGAGCUGUGUACUGACAUCCCAGAGCUAGACGUCUUGAUGAAGGAGAUCGGGGACCUGGCAGAGUCAGGGGCUCGCUACACUGAGAUGCCCCACGUUAUCGAGAUCACCUUGCCCAUGCUGUGUAACUACCUGCCCCGCUGGUGGGAAAGAGGUCUGGAGAACUACCCCGACCUGGAGGGCCAACUCUGUACUGACGUCACCUCAGAACAACUCAACCAGUUGCUGGGCAGCAUCAUGAAGAUAGUAGUCAACAACCUGGGGAUAGAUGAAGCCUCCUGGAUGAAACGACUGGCAGUGUUCGCCCAGCCCAUCGUUAGCAGGGCCAAGCCUGAGAUGUUGAAGUCCCAUUUCAUCCCAACCAUGGAGAAGCUGAAGAAGCGUAGUGGGAAGGUGGUGGCUGAGGAGGAGCAGCUGAGGCUGGAGGGGAAGUCUGAGGUGGACAGUGAGGAAGGAACCAUUAGGGAUGAGUUUGCUGUUCUCUGUAGAGACCUCUAUGCUCUGUACCCUCUACUGAUCAGAUAUGUGGAUAACAACAGGGCUCGAUGGCUGACCUGUCCAGACCCAGAUGCUGAGGAACUCUUCAGGAUGGUGGGAGAGGUGUUCAUCUUCUGGUCCAAGUCUCAUAACUUCAAGCGUGAGGAGCAGAACUUUGUGGUGAUGAAUGAGAUCAACAACAUGUCUUUCCUGACUGCUGACAGCAAGAGCAAGAUGAGUAAGGCCGGAGGGGACGAGGCUGGAGGUUCUGACGUGGAGCGUACCAAGAAGAAGCGAAGGGGGGACCGCUAUUCGGUGCAGACAUCGCUGAUCGUAGCAGCGCUGAAGAAGAUGCUUCCUAUUGGCCUUAACAUGUGUUCCCCUGCUGACCAAGAACUGAUUAACCUGGCCAAGAUACGCUACAGUCUGAAAGACACAGAUGAGGAGGUGAGAGAGUUUCUACAGAACAACAUGCAUCUGCAGGGCAAGGUGGAGGACCCGUCAAUGCGCUGGCAGAUGGCGCUGUAUAAGGAGACGUCAGGGAAGGCCGAGGAUGCUGAGGACCCUGAGAAGGUGGUCAAGAGAGUCCAGGAGGUCUCCUCUGUCCUCUACCACAUAGAGGUGACGGAGCACCCGUACAAGUCUAAGAAGAUGGUUUGGCACAAGCUGCUUUCUAAACAACGGCGCAAAGCUGUUGUGGCCUGCUUCAGGAUGUCACCCCUCUACAACAUCCCCAGGCAUCGGGGCUCCAACAUGUUCCUGAAUGGGUACAAGAGGAACUGGCUGCAGACUGAAGGAUACCAGUUUGAAGACCGCAUGAUCGACGACUUGUCUAAAGCCAUGGAGGAGGAGGAGCUGGGAGAGGAGGGAGAGGAGGAGGCGGAAACCAAACCUGACCCUCUGCAUCAGCUCAUCCUGCACUUCAGCCGGACCGCUCUCACAGAGAAGAGCAAACUGGAAGUUGACUACUUAUACAUGGCUUAUGCUGAUAUUAUGGCCAAGAGUUGCCACAUCGGUGAGGAGGAGGAGGGAGGAGAAGAGGAGGCCAUUGAAGUGACCCAGACUGAGAUGGAGAAAGAGAUGGAGAAGCAGAGGCUCCUGUACCAGCAGUCCCGUCUCCACAACAGAGGAGCUGCAGAGAUGGUGCUGCAGAUGAUCAGUGCCUGCAGAGGUGAGACGGGAUCCAUGGUGUGCUCCACCCUCAAGCUGGGAAUCUCAAUCCUCAACACAGGCAACUGUGACGUACAACAGAGGAUGCUGGACUACCUGAAGGACAAAAAGGAUGUGGGCUUCUUCCUGAGUAUUCAGGCCCUGAUGCAGACCUGCAGCGUUCUAGACCUGAAUGCCUUUGAGAGACAGAACAAGGCUGAGGGUCUGGGGAUGGUGUCAGAGGAGGGAACAAAUAUGAAGCUAGAGCGUGAUGAGAAGGUGAUGGCAGACGAUGAGUUUACCUGUGACCUGUUCCGCUUCCUGCAGCUGCUCUGUGAGGGACACAACAACGAUUUCCAGAACUAUCUGCGGACCCAGACUGGCAGCACCACCACCAUCAACAUCAUUAUCUGCACUGUGGACUACCUGCUCCGCCUGCAGGAGUCUAUCAGUGACUUCUACUGGUACUACUCUGGGAAGGACAUAAUAGAUGAGCCAGGCAAGAGGAACUUCUCCAAGGCCAUGACUGUGGCUAAACAGGUGUUCAACAGUCUGACUGAGUAUAUCCAGGGUCCGUGUACAGGGAACCAGCAGUCUCUGGCCCACAGCAGGUUGUGGGACGCUGUGGUUGGCUUCCUGCACGUCUUUGCUCACAUGAUGAUGAAGCUGGCUCAGAUGCAAGCCGACCCCGGACUUCGACUUGGCGAUCGAUUCUGGAGUAGAACCCACUACGAGGACUCCAGUCAGAUUGGUCUGCUGAAGGAACUCCUGGACCUGCAGAAAGACAUGGUGGUGAUGCUGUUGUCUCUACUGGAAGGCAACGUGGUGAACGGCACCAUCGCCCGCCAGAUGGUGGACAUGCUAGUGGAGUCCUCCAGCAACGUGGAGAUGAUCCUCAAGUUCUUCGACAUGUUCCUCAAGCUGAAGGACAUCACCGGGUCCGACGCCUUCCGGGACUACGUGACCGACCCCCGUGGCCUCAUCUCCAAAAAGGACUUCUACAAGGCAAUGGACAGCCAGAAGCAGUACUCUCCUUCUGAGAUCCAGUUCCUUCUGUCUUGUUCCGAGGCCGACGAAAACGAGAUGAUCAACUUUGAAGAGUUUGCCGACCGCUUCCAGGAGCCGGCCAAGGACAUCGGCUUCAACAUCGCCGUGCUACUCACCAACCUGUCUGAGCACGUCCCCCACGACACACGCCUACAGAACUUCCUUGAGCAGGCCGAGAGCGUCCUCAACUACUUUAGACCCUUCCUGGGCCGGAUAGAGAUCAUGGGCGCCAGCAGGAAGAUCGAGAGGAUCUACUUUGAGAUCAGCGAGGCCAACAGGAAUCAGUGGGAGAUGCCGCAGGUCAGAGAGUCCAAGAGACAGUUCAUCUUCGACGUGGUCAACGAGGGCGGGGAGAGCGAGAAGAUGGAGCUCUUUGUCAACUUCUGCGAGGACACCAUCUUUGAGAUGAACAUCGCCUCACAGAUUUCUGAGGUGGAGGAGGAGGAGGCAGUAGACUCAGAGGAUGAAGAGGAAGAAGGAGGAGGAGAAGGAGGAGGAGGAGAGUUGGAUGAAAAUGGAGAAGAGAUGCCUCCCGAGUCCAGCUCGGCGUUCUCUGACUUCCUGACAAGCGUAGUGAACUUCUUCAACAUGUUCACCUUCAAGAACCUGCGGCGGCGCUACCGCAAGCUUAGGAAGAUGACUCUGAAGGAGAUGGUGGUGGGCUUGGCCACGUUCAUCUACACCAUCCUGUUUGGUAUCCUGUCUUUCAUCUACAGCGUGUGUAAGGGCUUCUUCAUGCUUAUCUGGAGCACCCUGUUUGGAGGAGAACUGGUAGAGGGUGCCAAGAAGAUCACGGUGACUGAGCUCCUGGCCAGCAUGCCAGACCCAACGCAAGAUGAGGUGCACGAUGAACUGCCACCUGAGCCGGGUGCCGAGGAGGGUCAGGAGGGGAUAGAAGGAGGAGAGGAUAGAGACGUGGGAGGAGGAGAGGAAAGAGAGGAGGGAGGGGACGGUGAGGAGAAGGAGGGAGGACGGAUGCCUGGGUUCGACACCCCUGGGGGGCUGGGAGACUUUGGGGAGACCACGGCUGUAGAACCCCCCACUCCAGAGGGAACCCCACUGCUCAAGAGGAAACUGUUGGAAGCAACGUCCGGAGGAGAGGGGGAAGAAAGAGAAGAGACAGAACCAGAGGAAGAGACACCCCCAGAGGAGGAGAAGGCUGACAAUGAGAAUGGAGAGAAGGCAGAGAAGGAGGCUGAGCCCGUGGUAAAAGAGGAAGAACCGGCAGCGAAGGAGGACAAAUUGAAGACCAAGGCAAAGAAGGAGAAGAGACCUGCAGAGGAGGGCUAUGAGCUGUGGAAUGAGCUAGAGAUCCAGAGGAUCAAAUUCAUGAACUAUCUGUCUCGUAACUUCUACAACCUGCGCUUCCUGGCUCUCUUCAUCGCCUUUGCCCUCAACUUCAUCCUGCUCUUCUACAAGGUUGGAUAUGAUGUAGAGGCGGGGUCAGAGGACAUCGAGGGCUCCGCCCUGUUCGAGGGCUCCGCCCUGUUCGAGGGUUCUGGGUUGUUUGAGAGUUCCGGAGCUGUGGACGAGGGUGGUUCUGGCAUUGAUCCAUUUGACGAUGGUGGUGAUGAUGACGAUAGUGGUGGUGAUGAUGAUGAUGAGGAGGAAGGGCCCUUUUUUUUCUACUUGGAGGAGAGUACGGGCUACAUGCAACCCUGUUUGUCCAUGCUGGCCAUCAUACACACUGUCAUCGCUUUCCUCUGUAUCAUCGGAUACAACUGCCUCAAGGUUCCUCUGGUCAUCUUUAAGAGGGAGAAGGAGUUGGCUAGGAAGCUGGAGUUUGAUGGUCUCUACGUCACCGAGCAACCAGAAGACGAUGACAUCAAGGGACAGUGGGACCGACUGGUGCUCAACACCCCGUCAUUCCCUAACAACUACUGGGACAAGUUUGUGAAGACAAAGGUGCUGGCUAAGUACGGGGACAUCUACGGCAGGGAGAGGAUCGCAGAGCUGCUUGGGAUGGACCUGGCCUCUCUGGAUGUCAGCGCCAUGACACAAGAGAAGAAACCCGAACCAGAGAGUGGCAUGUUAAGCUGGAUUAUCUCCAUUGACAUCAAAUACCAGAUCUGGAAGUUCGGGGUGGUCUUCACUGACAACACAUUCCUCUAUCUAGUCUGGUACAUGGUCAUGUCUCUGCUGGGACACUUCAACAACUUCUUCUUCGCCUGUCACUUGAUGGACAUCGCCGUUGGUGUGAAGGAUCUGCGCACCAUCCUGUCCUCCGUCACACACAACGGCAAACAGCUGAUGAUGACUGUGGGUCUACUAGCAGUGGUGGUGUAUCUCUACACCGUCGUGGCUUUCAACUUCUUCAGGAAGUUCUACAACAUGAGCGAGGAGGAGGAUGAACCGGACAUGAAGUGUGAUGACAUGAUGACCUGUUACCUGUUCCACAUGUACGUGGGUGUGCGUGCCGGCGGGGGUAUAGGAGACGAGAUUGAGGACCCGGCGGGUGAUGAGUACGAGCUCUACCGUGUCGUCUUCGACAUCACCUUCUUCUUCUUCGUUAUCGUCAUCCUGCUGGCCAUCAUCCAGGGUCUGAUCAUUGAUGCGUUUGGCGAGCUGAGAGACCAACAGGAGCAGGUCAGAGAGAACAUGGAGACUCAGUGCUUCAUCUGUGGUAUCGGUAGCGACUACUUUGAUACGACUCCGCACGGCUUCGAGACGCACACCUUGGAAGAGCAUAAUUUAGCCAACUACAUGUUCUUCCUGAUGUACCUAAUCAAUAAAGAUGAAACGGAGCACACAGGACAGGAGUCGUAUGUGUGGAAGAUGUACCAGGAGAGAUGCUGGGACUUCUUCCCUGCUGGAGACUGUUUCAGGAAGACGUAUGAGGAUCAGCUGGCCUAGUGGGAUAAAUCCUGUCUGUCUGGGGGUCCGAGAGAGGGGUGGGAGAGAGAGGGAGAGAAGAGGGGUGGGAGAGAGAGGGAGAGAAGGAGAAAGUUAAGGAAAUAUAGAAGGGGUCAGAGUUUGAAGGUUGUUGCUGUAUUUCUCUGUGAUCUCCUGUCUUGACACCCCAGCAGCAACAUUCUGAUAGACUUUAACAUGAGAGACUGAAUAAGACAAUGUGAUCAGAGGAGAUGAAGAGUCCAAAGGGCUUUUAACCCUGUAAAUACACUUCAUGGCCUUUUUCUGUGUGAAAUAUAUAUAGAUAUAUGCUGUCUCGAAACUUUCAUCAUUGACUGAAUUUAACAACACACACACACACACACACACACACACACACACACACACACACACACACAGCGCUGCCUCUCUGUCAGUGUGUGUUUCUGUAGAGCUGAAUACAGCAUAGUGCCUAACUCUCAUGGUAAACAAACUUGCUUUAAUGUCUUAAGUAGUGCCCUUUUCCUUACUAUUAUUAUCAUCACUCUUGUUUGAGAUUCUAUUAAUAGAAAUGCCAUUAAUGUCCUUAUGUAAGAAUGCCUUGAUUUUUGUAUGACCUUAAUUAGCUAUUUCUGUAAUAUUAGGUGUAUUUCCCCACUGCUUGAUAAAGAUCAGUGGGGGGGUGAGAGCAUUUUCAUAGCAGUGCCUCUUCUGUCCACUAGGGAGCAGUCACAUACCCCAGGUCUCUCAUCUCUUUCUCUCUGUUUCUCUGGAGAUUUGAUAACUGAUGUAGACCUGGCCAUUAGCAGUCACUCCGGAAUAAACAGCGAGGUACGUGGCUGUAACGUUAGAGUCUGUUUCUACAGGACAAUGAUGAUGACUUUUGACAAACCUGUUUUUGCAACUCUGGAGUCUUACGACGUGUCGCUUCUUGUGCGUGACCUGUGUGAUCUGAACGUAGAGAUCAUAUUGGCUGACACAGACGACACAGUCUUUCUAUUCGCUACCACAGAGUGUUCCUAUUGGCUACCACAGACCACACAGUGUUCCUAUUGGCUACCACAGACCACACAGUGUUCCUAUUGGCUACCACAGACCACAGAGUGUUCCUAUUGGCUACCACAGACCACAGAGUGUUCCUAUUGGCUACCACAGACCACACAGUGUUCCUAUUGGCUACCGCACAGGGAUAAUUCAACACUAUGAUAAUGUCUACAUAUAGAGGGGGAUGUCUGGGUUACUUACCUAAUACUCAUGCACUCCUCCAACUCCCCUAAAGACAUCUCUUCUAAAGAUACCUCUUCUAGCCCCGUCGUGUUGACGCUGGGCUGGCGUGUGUUCUAUACCAUCUUAAUGCACAGGUAAUAGGGUCAAUAAAGUGAUAAGUAAUGAAUGUAUUUAUUCAUGUCUACUCUACCAUAGUGGGAUAAGGACAGCGCUUACUCAGAAGGCCUGAGUAACAAAUGACAUAUUAACAUCAAUAAAUAACGUAAAUAUAUGUUUUUAUUUAAGACCAUCUCCGCUGCUUUGUUCACAGUGAAUAAUAUGAUACUGUGUGUGUACCUGUUAUGAUGAAUAAAUAAGGGUUAAAAAGACAACUGAACGGAGAUGAACAAUGUGUGAAGUAACAUAACAGCUUUUGUGUUGUUUUUUUUUUUGCAGGUUAGAUUUUUAUGAUAGUUAUUUUUAGGAAAUCUGUGCGUAUUAUUUAAUUUUUCUCUGGAAGUAAAACGUCACGCGUGAUCUCAGACCGUUCUAGAAUACGAAUACAGACAGAAACAUUACACACCAUCACACACACGCUAACUCGUACACACUCUCUCCUUGUUGAGUAAUGUCCUUACUAACAAGUAGUGUGGUAGGAGGAGAUGUGGCUCCUGGAGUGUGUUACCACAGUGGUGUGUGUGCGGUGUGUGUGUGUGUGUGUGUGUGUGUGUGUGUGUGUGUGUGUAAUUCACAAGCAGGUGUAUAACUGUGUGGUGAUCCACGGAGGGCUGUGAUUAUGUAUUAGAACUGAGAUCACCUGUUGACUCUAUAAGUGUUGACCUGUUGACUUCUAUUGACUAAAAGAGUGUUGACCUGUUGACUCCUAUUGACUUUAAGAGUGUUGACCUGUUGACUCCUAUUGAUUAUAAGAGUGUUGUUGCCUGACUGAAUCCUGUGUUUCAAUACAAGAUUAAUAAAUUAAACAGAUUAUUUUAAAAUGA